CAUAGCCGUGAAGUAAACACAAUUUUGCCCGGGACCCUGGCUUGCCAUGCGCCCAUGCAACGUCGGCGGCAUGCCAAUCAAGCAUUUCAGGAGUUCACUUCAUUUCUCUGCAGUUCUGCGUUCAUUAUAUAUCUAUGUCACAUACAAAUGAAUCAAGCUAUUUGAUUAAUCAACCAUUCUUUGCGUCGCUAUGAUUCUGAGACGACUGUGCUCGAGCGGCGGAUGCCUUCGUUCGCGAUAACCCCUGUCGACUAUAUGCAGCGACAGUGCCAACAAUGCAAUCUUGAAUGGAGUAAUGAAGCUGGCUGGCUCAUAUUUCAUAAUAACGAGCUCGCCGGUCAACAAGUCAACCGCGCGUUGACCGGGGCGUUUCCACUCUGCAAAUGGGCCCGGCAUAGUGCCCUGUGAUUGCUGGCUCAGGUCUCUGAGCCAGGCGCAAUGGCGUACAUUAGCUCAGGGUCCGCCGUGCGUGCGCCCGUUUUCACGGCUGGUGUCAAGGUUGCAGGUUGGGCUGCGAGCUGAUGGCGCGUGGUCUCAAUGCCCGCCGUGCUCGCGCCCCUUCCCGCGGCUGGUGUCAAGCCCGCAGGGUAUGGAGCUAGCUGCUGGUGCUAGGGCUUGGAUUCGGUUAAGGCCCGCCGUGCUCGCACCCUUUUCCGCGGCUGGAUGGUGUCAAGCCCGCAGGUGGUGGCGCGCCGUGUGCCUGGCCUACGCCCCAAGGCCCACCGUGCUCGCGCCCUUUCCCGCGGCUGGUGUCAAGCCCACAGGGAUGGAUGGUGGAGCGAGCUAAGACAUAUGCUACGGUGUUGGCGCAUGGUGUCCAUGACGGUGCUGCUUAGUGCUCAAGUGGCUGCUAUGGAUUGUGGAGGCCAGACCAUGCCUAGUCACUUGUGUGAAUCAGCUUGGAGGUAGGCUUCCCAGCUGCAAGGGACUUCGUCCCUGUGGUCUUCUGUGGGGCAGGGCGGGACAAGUGCGGGGCAAGUGCGGGGCAUGGCGGGGCAAGUGCGGGGCAAGGCGGGGCAUGACCCCUGCGGUCUUGUAAUAGCUGUUGGAUGCCUACUGCGCCUCUCUCAUGGACGGGGCGGGGGCUGUAGCGUGGCUGCGGGACAAACAGCAGCAGCAGGGUAAAGGGAGCAUAAGGGAGCCUGGCCCACUCAUCUGCGUGGGGGGUUACCCAUCUGGCCCGGUAACCCGUUAAGGGGGGGGGGGGUUGCCCGCCUGGCCCAGUUUCCUCGGGGGCCAGUUAGGGGCCCACCCCCGUUGAGUGAUCCCCAUCACCAGUUAGGGGGGGGGGGGGUUAGGGGCCGAAACACUGACGUAGGGUUGGCGGAGUGGUACCCACGUGCCGACAGAUGGAUCGCGGGAUUUGUUUUUGGCAUUUACCGCUUGGAUUCUAUUCGCAACGUAGCUCGGAAUACACGCUUAAUAUGCAUAGUUAGAAGACUUUGGGGACGCAAAUCGCUUGGAAAUGGAGGAGGGUCUCAAUAUGCUCGGCUCGCGAUGUCGCGCUCCUGAGCUUGUAUUAUGCACUGCGCGCAAUACGCGUUCAGCAUGCAUAUUCUUACGAACAACUAGGGACUUGAGUGACGCGGUGUGAAAAUCAGUCGGGGUCUCGACAUGCUUGGCUCGCCAUUUCGCGCUCACGAGCUCGUUGUGUGUGUUCCGAACAUUGCACGCUCAAAAUACAUGUUCAAUAUGUCCGUCGCGAUGUUGGAGCUUCAAAACCGACAAGCAUGGUGUAUAGAUACACCUGGUAGCCUGAAUUCCUGUUUUUUCGCAAUGUCGGUGCAUUUUGUUGAUGUUGCAUCAUGUCGUGCUUCAUCGCAUUCUUGAUUUCUGCACCGGCGUGGUCUUGUUUGUAAAAUUCCGCGGUG